AAUAAGAAUUUGUUCUUAACUGACUUGCCUUGUUAAAUAAAUAAAACAGUAUUUCGCGUCAGUAGGCUAGUUCCCAUCGCUGCAAAACCAGUUUGACAAGUCAUAAGGGCAGUGACGGAAUUUCAGAUAAAAUGAGCUUAUCAUAAACCGGAGCAGAAAGAACAAAGUUGAAUGCCAUCAAGUUUGUGUUGAUCAUAUUACACGUCAGUAGGCUAGUUCCCAUCGCUGCAAAACCAGUUUGACAAGUCAUAAGGGAAGUGACGGAAUUUCAGAAGUGUUUUCCUUCUACAGCUCUACUGUAACACUUCAAGUAUAACUUAUAUCUGCCAUAUAAAGUAUGAAUAGUCCGCGAAGGGACAACAAGUCUUCUCCAGUGGUUCCUCCCAGACCCAGCAGUGAGGAGAUGAGCAACCCAACCACACAACGCUUGAACAAAGAGAAUGAUACGAGCAGUAACUCACAGAGGACUGGGAUGAUGGGAGUCAUGCAGAAAGUCAAUCCGUUCAAAACCACAACACAGGCCUCCUCUACAGCCAGUACAGCUACAGAUCCAGUGGCAGAGAAGACUGUGGAUGGAAAUGUCCCUGAAGCGAAACAGGUGAGAAAAGAGGACCCUCCAAAAGACACUGUGGAUCAGGAAAAGCUACCAGAAGGCAAACAGGUCUUCCAGAACCCUGGAAUGUUCACAGGAAUGAUGCAAAAAGUCAAUCCUUUCAAAUCUACAGCACAGAUACAGGACACUCAGUCGAUACACAGUGAUCUGUCCUCCAGUGCUGGCAGUCUGGCUGAGAACACCACAACAGAAAGACAAGUGAGAAAGGAGGACCCUUCAACAGACACUGUAGAUCACCAAGUGACAGCGAAGCUACCUGAAGCCAAGCAGAACCCUGGGAUGUUCACGGGAAUGAUGCAGAAAGUCAACCCAUUCAAAUCUACAGCACAGAAUCAGGAUACUCAGGCCAUACACAGCAAUCUGUCUUCCAGUGCUGACAGUCUGGCUUCUACAGGAAGACAGGUGAUAAAGGAAGACCCUCCAACCGACAGUGUGGAUCACCAUGUCACAGAAAAGCUACCAGAAAGCAAACCGCAGCAGAAUCCUGGAAUGUUUAUGGGAAUGAUGCAAAAAGUCAACCCUUUCAGAUCUACAACACCGAUUCAGGACAACCAGUCCAUACACAGUGAUCUUUCUUCCAGUUCUGGCAGUCUGGCUGAGAGUAACAGUUCUGCAGGAAAACAGAACCCCGGGAUGUUCAAGGGAAUGAUGCAGAAAGUCAACCCAUUCAAAUCUACAGUACCGACCCAGGAGACUCAGCGUGACAGUGUGGAUCACCAUGUCACAGAAAAGCUACCAGAGAGUAGCGGACACAGUGACUCAUCCUCCAGUUCUGACAGUCUGAGUGACACCAACGUCUUCAGUCCUACGGAGAAUCAGACCGUGUGGUACACAGACAAUGAAGCUACUUCUUCAGUGAAAAGUGGACCUCCACCACCACAAGAAAAUAAGAAAAGGACUGGGGCAUGUCACUUUUCUAUUGAAUCAUCCUAUUAUAUUAUACAAUCAAUCAAAUGUAUUUUGACAUUCCACAUCCGAAGGAUUCUCCCUGGUGCCCUGUUUGGCUAUGAAAAUACUGAUGCUCAGCCCACAGCCCAGGCGGGCCUAGUGGAGGUCCAGACACUGGAGAUGGCUGCAGUGCCAGUACCUAGUGAAGGAAACGCACCGGACAGUGUGGAUAAUGAGGAAGGUCUUAUGGAUUGGUGGCAAACAGUAGAGGGUUGGGAAACGUGGAAGGAGUCCAACACCUUUGAAGCGGAUGAAGGCGAGAUGGCAGUGGAGGCGGUGGCGGACCGUGUCUUCAUGGCGGCCCGUUUCUUUGUGCGUCUCUUCAACCAGCGCGGUGCCUCUUUACAGCAACGCAUCCUGGAGCUCCUAUCAUUGGCCGACGCCGCCGACAGCUUCCACAAGAAGACUGUGAAGGCCAGCGUGGGGGGCGGAGUCGCCAGCGUUGCUGGGAGCAUCACCACUAUCACCGGCCUCAUCUUGGCGCCGUUCACCAUGGGAACGUCGCUCAUCGUCACGGCAGUGGGCAUCGGCGUUGCGACGGCGGGCGGGGUAGCGUCAGCCUCUGCAAAUAUUACCGAUACGGUGCACUCCAAGACAGACAGGAAGAAGGUGGAGAAGAUGAUUCAGGAUUACCAGGAGGAGAUGAAGGAUAUCAAGGAGUGUCUGGACUUUUUGCAGGUCGGUAUGGAGACCCUGGAGGAGUGGGACUUUGAUCAGUACGUGGACAGCAUCUCUAAGAAAUAUCUCAACCAGAAUGUCAAACACGUGAUGAAGGAGGGUGGCCGGGCCGGCAAGGCAUUACUAAUCAACACAGAAAGUCUGAUCAACACCGUGCAGGUUCUCAACGUGGCAGGCGGAGCGGCCAAGGCAGCCCAGGUGAUGAGUGUCACCACAGGAGUAAUGUCGGGUCUCUUCCUGGCCCUGGAUGUGUUCUUCCUGGCAAAAGACUCCAUCGAGCUCAACAAAGGAGCCAAGACAGAGUUUGCUGGGAAGAUCAGGGAAGUGUGUAAGGAUCUUCAGAAUGGACUGUUGGAGCUCAACCGCAUCAAAGAGCAACUGCAGAAAACUAUGGAUGGGAUCGAGGUGGUGGAGGAAGAGGAGGAGGAGGAGGUGUACGAGUCUGAUCCAGAGAAACUGGCCCAGUUGGAAGAAUGAGUGAAGGAAGAGAGGGAGGGAAGAUAGUUUUUGGUUGUGAAACCGAAGGCGUUUGACCAAAAAUGUUGACCAAUUUGUUUUGUUACUUAUUCCGUUACAUGCAGUAGACCUAUAAUCUGUGAUAUGUUUCAGCCAAAAAGGUGCCUAGAAUGUUUUGACAUGGCCAAACUUUUUUUCAGUUGAGAAUGUAGUGCCUUAUUUAAUAUAACACUGAUGGUG